UACGCCAUAAUCAAGAAACUCGAGAAGCGAUUUACAUUACCAGAAAAUUGGCUACAAUCUUCUACUUAUUUGCAGAGGUAUUGGAAACUAAAUAAACAAGAGAAAAUACAUAUAUUGAGAUGGAAGACAACUGUGAGAAUGUUCAUAUCAAGGAAGAGAAUGUGGAGAAGGAGAAACUUCACUGCAAAAUCGAGGGCGAAACCGAAAAGCCCGAUGGAGCCGAAGAGAAGACCAAGUUUGACCUUGAAGUGGAGAGCAAGUCGGUUGUGAAAGAGAAAAAAGACGAGGGAGAUGAAGACGACGACGAGCAUAAAAAGAAGAAGAAGAAGGAUAAGUCGGAGAAGAAAACCGACGAAGAGGAGGAGGAGAAACCUAAGAAGGAGAAGAAGAAAGACAAGAAGAAGGAUCUAGAAGGCGAAGAGAGCGAGGGUAAAGAAGGUAAAAAAGAUAAGGAGAAGAAGAAAGACAAGAAGAAGGAUAAAGACGUCGAUUCCGAAGGUAAAAAGGAAGAAGAAACCGACGAGGCGAAAGAUGAAAAGAAAGAGAAGAAGAAGAAGAAGAAGAAAGAUUCUAAUGGAGAAGAAGAAGAGAAGGAAGAGAAGAAGAAAGAUAAGGAGAAGGAGAAGAAGAACAAGAAGAAGGACAAAGAAGAAGAGACGAAAAACGGGGGUGAUGCUGCUGAGGUGGCGUCUAGGGAGAUUAAACUAGAAGGAGAUGAGAAAACACCGGAAGGUGAAGUUUGUAAGGAUAAGAAAGACAAGAAAAAGAAGGACGAGAAGAAAGGGAAAGUUGAAGACGUUGGCAAACUGAAAACGAAGUUGGAGAAAAUAAACGGGAAAAUCGAAGGUCUCCUCGAGAAAAAAGCCGACAUUGUGAGGCUGAUAAAAGAAGCCGAGGAGAAGGAAAAUGUUGAUAAUAAUGCUAAGGCGACCGAAGAAGGAUGUGUAGCUGCUGCACCUGCUGAGGUUGUAGCUUAAUUAGCACUUGGUGUUUUCGUAAUACGUCUUAACCAAUUUUUUUAUUUUUUUUUCUUAAUUGUGAUCUUCGAUUUUAGUAGCGUCUAUGUCUAAUAUUCUCUGGUCUCGUUUGAAGAUGGAGAUAUGUGUGUGUGGUUUUUUUUUUUUUUUAAUAUGGUUGUGUUUGGAAGAGAUGUAUUUACGGUGUUAUUUGUACGGUUUGGGUUGAAUAUAGAGAUUCUAUGA